AAUAAUUUCCUUAACCAAAUCCCUAACUUCUGCGUCUCUGAGCUCUAUCUGGAGAUGGCCAUGGCCUCGUCAGUGGCUGUGUCUUCGCACGCCUUUCGUUUCCACCCUUUCUUCUCGCGCAGCCCAACACCUUCUUCCUCUGCCUUCAAUCUCAGAUCUCAAUCUCAACCGCUCUGCGUCAAGUGCCACUGCAACCAACCACCGCCACCUGUUAUCGCCCCCAGAGAAACCCUCACCGAUUGUCUCCGGGGAUGCACUCGCACGCUCACCACGCUCAUGGGACUCGCCGUGUUGUUGGCCAAGUCGGUUCCGCUCGGGAAAUUGUCGGGUAUAAGUGCCAACACCGUGUCCACCAUGGGCCCGCUGUUCUUCGCGGCGGUGCGGAACCAGCCGAGCGGGGUGCUGAACACGCCGCUGACGGUGGUGGCGGCCGGGCUGGGGAAGUGGCUGGACAUAUACAGCGGCGUUUUGAUGGUUAGGGUUUUGCUGAGUUGGUUCCCGAACAUCCCGUGGGAACGGCAGCCUCUAUCCGCAAUCCGUGACCUCUGCGAUCCCUAUCUCAAUCUCUUCCGUAACAUUAUUCCCCCCGUUUUUGACACCCUCGACGUUAGUCCUCUUCUCGCUUUCGCCGUUUUGGGCACUCUCGGCUCUAUUCUCCAAACUGCUAUCUGAUCUUCGCAGGACCAUGAAUCCAUUUCGCUGCGCGUCUUCUUCGUAUGAACCAAACUUCCGCUAUUAGGUUACUUACAGUUUAUACUCCGUUUUGUCUAUGUGGUUAAGGUUGUUGCUUUUCAUUUUCAGACAUACUCUGUUUUUAGUCACCAACUUCUUCUAUCUUUAUUGAAAUUAUUUCAAUAUUACGUUCGCGGAAAUUUUCCUGUUCA